CCUAGCUCCCCGUUUUUAAUCGAAUUUGAGCGUUGAUUCUCGGUUAAGAUUCCUACCCGUCACCAUCUCUCUCGGUCUCUCCUACAAAGUGUGGUGUGAAGUCACAAAUUCGAGAAGGCAGGAGACUAACCGUGUCGUCAAUUUGAAAAAGGAUGGCGUGUAUCCCAGGCUUAAACCCUCCCAAAACCCUAGCCAUCAUCUCCUCAUCGUCAUCGUAUUCAAUCAAUAACAAUUUGCCUUUAUCGUCAUCAUCGAAAUCUCAUUUAAAGAUCGCUCAACUUUCGAAGAGAUUGCCGAAGAUUUCCAUUGUAAUGGCAACCAAGCAGCAAGAAGAUGGGCUGAGUUUGAAUGCAUUAACAAGCAGUGACCGUAGAGAUGAAGUUAUGGUUGCUGCAAAAAGUUCACUUUCGAAUUGCCUUUCCGAGACAAAUCUUCAUCUUACCAUCCCUUCUCUCAAAUCUAAAACAAGAGGCAAGGUUAGAGAUAUUUAUGACGGGGGAGAUUAUCUUGUUCUAGUCACAACUGAUCGACAAAGCGCAUUUGAUAGGGUUCUUGCUUCGAUUCCAUUCAAAGGCCAGGUUCUUAAUGACACAAGUUUAUGGUGGUUCAACCAAACUCAGCACAUUGCUCCAAAUGCAAUAAUAGCAGCUCCAGAUAAAAACGUUACUAUUGCAAAGAAAUGCUCUGUUUUCCCUAUAGAAUUUGUUGUCAGAGGCUAUGUGACUGGAAGCACGGAUACAUCAUUAUGGACUGUAUACAAGAAUGGGGUGCGAAAUUACUGUGGCAAUGCUCUUCCUGAAGGAAUGGUGAAAAACGAGAGGCUACCUGCAAAUAUAAUCACACCAACUACCAAGGCUGCAGAUCAUGAUGUUCCUAUUACUCCAGAUGAGAUUGUCCAACAAGGGCUGAUGAGUCAAGCUGAUUAUGAUGAAGCAAGUAGGAAAGCAUUGAGUUUGUUCGAGUAUGGCCAGCGUGUGGCAUUAGAACAUGGUGUGAUAUUAGUGGAUACAAAAUAUGAAUUUGGAAAGGGCCCUGAUGGUUCAGUGCUAUUGAUCGAUGAGGUCCAUACACCUGACUCAAGCAGAUACUGGUUAGCCCAUUCUUAUGAGGCCCGCUUUAACAAUGGGCUUGAGCCCGAAAAUGUCGAUAAGGAGUUUUUGAGGUUGUGGUUCAAAGAUCACUGCAAUCCCUAUGAGGACAAGGUUCUUCCCAAUGCUCCUGAAGAGCUUGUUACUGAACUGGCUUGGAGAUACAUUUUCUUGUAUGAGACGAUAACAAAAUCAAGAUUUCAGAUACCCGAGACAACGGAGCCUAUACAUGAUAGGAUAACUCGCAAUGUUUCAGAUGCAUUGUCAUUGCUGCUACCCAAUUAGUUUUAACCAUGUGAUCAAAGCAGUUAUUAAACAAUGUUUAGUGUCAUCUGUUUUCUUGUUACGGAAGGCUGAGCUCUUGAAGCUUAGGUCCCCAAAAUGUUUUAACUCAAAAUCAGCUUGUCUGAAUCUAGAUCUUGUUUUCGUAACCGAUUUGUAUCGGUUAAAUUUAAGUUAUAUUUUGUGAUCAGGUUAUAAUCCUCAAG